CUUCGCCGUCAUCCUGCCGCUCUCCAGACGGCGUGCGCCCCCGAUAGUCAACCUCUAGCGCCGAGCUCACGCUGCUGAAUGUCCGGGUCCUCACAGAAUAAAGUCCUACUCGACGACCAGAGCAUCAAUGUCACGUACACAGGGAGCUGGCGUGUCGGGGGCACGCCCGACGAGGAGUACGCGGGUACGGUGAGCAGCAGCACGCAUGACGGCGAUUAUUUCGAGGUGGAAUUUAGCGGAUGGCUAAUCGCCGUGUACGGGACGUUCGAUUAUUCCUCAGACUGGGUAAAGACCAGCUAUGCCACCGACGGCGGGGACGCAACCACCGUCACCUCACAUUCGGGUACUGGCGACACCUACAAACAACUGUUCUGGAAGUCGGACGACCUCGUGCAGGGUGAUCACACCCUCAAAGUGACCAUGGAGCAUGUCAACACCGGCUACGAAGACGGCGAGGGCACUAUCUGGUUUGACUUCUUCGAGAUAUACGGCGGCGACAAUGGCACUUCGUCUGCGACAGGGAGCAGCAGCGAGCCAACCUCUCAGCGACAUCGACGGCACCCCAAUGUCGGCGUCAUUGUCGGAGGCGUUGUCGGAGGGGUCCUGCUUGCGUGUCUGGCCCUCAUUCUUGGAGUCCUGUAUGCACGAAAGCGAAAGGCACGCAAACGAACCAAGGAGGAAGCCCAUAAUUCCAUUGACUAUAUGUACCCGUCGCUUGCCGCCGAGAUAGUGCCCUUCGUCUCGUCUACCUCGCAAUCUUCAGGCCCUCGGAAGGUACAACACGCCUCGUCAGAUCAUGAACCUUGGCCCGCUGCAUCAUACCCGGAUACCAGUCAAACUUUUGACGCCCCUAGUACACGGAAUCGCCACGACAUUUAUCGCGGCCGCAAGGGUGGGCAAGAAACUCAGCUCCGUCAUAACGAUGGUCAGGAAGAUUCGACGGCACUCCCGGCCGUUGAUGUCGUCCGACAUACGGACAGUGGCAUACGGGGGCUCGAGUUGCCGCCUGUAUACACGGCGGACUGACAUCAAGGAACGCGCACUCUUGUGAUGGCAGCAGUGAUGGUGAGCGACGGCUGAAGACGCGGGAGGCCGUCGACUGGACUUAUAGCUUGCAGGACUUACUUAGUAUUAGCUCUGAAUCUGCCUAUUGAUGUGUAUACCCUUCGACGACAUCUUGGUUCGUGUCGUCAGGCUACUACGCCGCAUACCUAAUCGGAGUUUUCGACUUUCCUGCGUGC